GGGAGGCAGACUGAAACUUGUGUAGGGCUAAACAGUUGGACCGCUCUUUACCUGCCGUUUCAUUUGACAGCCUUUCCAAUUGUGUGAGUGGCUGUCCAAGGUUUUGUCUCCACCCCUAUAGUCAGGCAGAGACAGGAGAGCGAGCUCUGCUGUGACAUUUCAUCGUGGAGCUGCCAGACAAGCAGAGGCAACAGAUUAUAGGAGCUGUUUCCCAGAAUGUGGAGUCAGUCGUUACAAGGACAACAGACUUUCAACUGGUUCACACAGUCCCAGCUCCAGUCUGUCAUCAGGAAUGGUAUCGUUCCUGAAUGGUUUCAUGGGAUCAUUUCCAGGAAGGCGGCAGAGGAGUUGCUCGUGCCCAAGCCUCCUGGCUACUUCCUCAUCAGAGUCAGUGAGAGCAGGAUUGGCUACACUCUAUCGCAUCGUGUUGAAGACAGCUGCAGACAUUUCAUGAUUGAUGCACUGGAAGGCGGACAGUACGUCAUAGUGGGCCAGAAUAGGCAUCACCGCUUUCUGCAGGACCUUGUGGACUUUCAUCGUAGAACUCCCAUCAUGCCUUUCAAUCAGGUGUUGACUGCCGCUUGUGGACAGCCCUCAAAUGACCAGACUGACUAUGUAGAACUUCUGUUUCCUGAGAGACACCUGAGACCCGAUGACAGUUUGCUACAGAGCAACUCAAUGCAACUGAACUGGCGAAACAAAGAAUCACAGGAGGAAAUGAACAGACCAGCACUUCCAUAUCGACCACAGAACCUGGUCAACUCUGCAGUCCUGCCUCCAAACAACAAACCAAACAAACAUUACCCAGAUCUGAAAGAACUAUCUCCUGCCACGAACCAGGUCUGUAUCAGGACGGUGUCUGCACCUGAUGGUCUCAGUGAACACCCUCGGAGUAGCAACUGUCAGCCUGCAAAGAGCCACGACGUGAAGCUGUCAGUUGUCUCCAACCUGAAGAAUCUGAGGAAGAAAUUACAAAAGAAAAGCACUUCACAGCAUCAUUUGUAUGCAGAGAUUACUGUGGAGGCACAAGACAACACUGAGUACCAGGAGAUCUCAGGUGAGCAGAGUGUCGAUUGGACACAAUUUGGCUGCAAUCAAGCGGAAGAGUUACCUUACGAGUACCUGCCGCCUCCUCCCUUUGCCCCGGGCUACGACGCACAAGUGCACCCUUAUAUGUAGUU